UCCUCGAGCUGUGCCACCAGUUCCCGCACGGCAUCACGGACCAGGUCAUCCAGAACGACAUGCCGCACAUGGAGGCGCAGCAGCGCGCCGUGGCCAUCAACCGGCUGCUCUCCAUGGGGCAACUGGACCUUCUCAGGAGCAAUGCAGGUCUCCUGUACAGGAUCAAAGAGUCUCAAAACGCCAGUAAAAUGAAAGGCUCUGACAAUCAAGAGAAGCUGGUUUACCAAAUAAUAGAAGAUGCAGGCAACAAAGGUAUUUGGAGCAGGGACAUUAGAUACAAAAGUAAUCUACCUUUAACGGAGAUAAACAAGAUACUGAAAAACCUGGAAAGUAAAAAACUAAUUAAAGCAGUUAAAUCUGUUGCGGCAUCUAAGAAGAAGGUGUAUAUGCUAUAUAACCUGCAGCCUGAUCGGUCAGUGACUGGUGGGGCUUGGUACAGUGACCAAGACUUUGAAUCUGAAUUUGUUGAAGUGUUAAAUCAACAGUGCUUUAAAUUUUUACAGAGUAAGGCAGAAGCAGCUCGAGAAAGCAAACAGAACCCCAUGAUCCAGAGGAACAGCUCAUUUGCCUCUUCCCACGAGGUGUGGAAAUACAUCUGUGAACUGGGUAUCAGCAAGGUAGAAUUGUCAAUGGAGGACAUUGAAACCAUUUUAAAUACACUAAUAUAUGAUGGAAAAGUGGAAAUGACGAUUAUUGCUGCAAAGGAAGGCACAGUAGGUAGUGUGGAUGGACAGAUGAAGUUGUACAGAGCUGUCAGUCCUCUCAUACAACCCCCUGGAUUAGUCAGGACACCCUGUGGACUCUGCCCUGUUUUUGAUGAUUGCCAUGAAGGUGGUGAGAUUUCUCCAUCAAACUGUAUUUAUAUGACAGAGUGGCUGGAGUUUUAAAGUGGAA